AACAAACGUCAAAAAUCUGUGUUUGGGAAGUUUGAAAUUUCCAGUAAACUGACAAAUUAAUUCGCAUAAAAUUAGAAUGUAGGCACAAUUUCUGAUACAGGUUAAUAUAAAAUAGUCAAAACAAUAAAAUGGAAAGUGGCGUUACGAAAGAAUUUUCGCCAGCUCUGGCAGAAACUCAAAAUGUUACGAACACAGAGUCUGCGGAUUCUUUUCAAUCAUUCAUUUACGAAUUGUUUGAAAAGAAUGGUAUACUCAACGAUUUACGAGCGUACUUACGUGGCCAUAUCGUAAAUGUAUUAAAAAGUGCCCAAACCGGUGACCCACCUCCCUGUCAGAAACAUUUCACACAACGUCUGGAGCUAACUUAUCAAGCACUGAAUAUUCUCAUAGCUGAAUACCUGCUGCGUCUAGAGUUCACGUACAGUUUCUCCGUGUUUAUAUCAGAGAUACCAUUGGCUAACAUGGUGUUUGGGUUCGCAAAGUCCCUCAUGGAACGGACAGAAGAAAAUAAAGCGGAGAUGAGGUUCAGAGACACAGAUGUUUGGUCUAUCCUCAAUUACUUAGGAGUGCAGUGUGAUUCAGAACACGCGUCAAACAUUUUCGAAAUGUAUAAAAAUGACAAACAACAACCCUUGUUGCUCUGCAUACUGAAAUGUAUGCCCAUGUACAAAGAGUAUAUACCAGCUACUGCAAUCGCAUCAGAUGAGUCACUAUCCAGUGCCAAAACGUUAAUCAGUGUCGAGAACAAAGACCCGCCGAGUUUGGAAACUUGCAAACACUAUGUCUACUGCAAGAGUUGUCAGAAUCGCAUGUACAGGCUUAAGGAGUUGAGUAAGAAGAAGAAGAAGUGUUUUGCGAAGAUGUUCCAACAACUGAAGUCGGUAUACGAGACAGAAGUAGAGAUGGUGAAGGUGGAAGAGGAGAACAAGGUGAAGCGCUCCAUGGCAUCGCAUGCACUGCAGCUGCAGAAGAAACGGGACGAGAUGGAGGAGACAUUCAAGGCUCGUGAGGCUGAACUGGAACGAACCGUCCAACAGAAGAAGCGGUUCCUGUGGGGGCUAGCGCGAGCCCUGCGCGACCAGCACGAGCACAUGACGCGCGCCAUGCACGACGUGCGCGCUGAGACACAGCGCCUCUCUGUCAAGGAAGACAGUCUAAAAUCUCAACUGGCGGAAGCCGAACAGAUUCUAAAGAAACGCGGCGAAGAAAUGCGCGCCCAGAUAUCUAACGAGCUCACUAUACUCGAAGGACACUUAGAAUCUAUGAAACAAGAGAGGGAAAACAUAACCAAAGAACGUUUAGAACUCGAAAACAUGAAAACCGUUCAGGAAUCGAAUAGCAAAUUAAUAAAAGUGCACAAUAUGGAAAGUGAAACUGUACAUUCGCAUUACAACCUACUCAAAGAUGAGCUAGCGAUACUGCGAAAGUAUUUAGAGUCUUCGAAAUUGACCCCCAAAUGUGUUAUAGAAAGGGGUACAAUUACCGAACACAGUGCUUCAACGUCGAGAUUGAACGAAACGUUGAAUAAUAGCCAGCUGAAUGAUAAAUGUUCGAAGAGCGAAGAUUUUGAAGACAGGUUGAAGACGACUCAAGUCGUCAAUGAUUUUAGGAAGAAGAAUGUUAAUUUUAGUCAGUCGAAUUUAGAUGAGAUUUACCACGAGAGGGCUCGCGAGCGCAGCCGGUCGUCGGCGUCUAGCGAGGCGGGGGACACUGCGGCCCCUGACCUUGACCUCGACAGGGGGGGUGAACGUGACCUUAUACAGCGGCUUAGAGAGGAGAAUGAAAGACUUAAAGCGAUCGCUGCUCAGCAAAGUCGUCAGAUCGAGCAGCUGUCGGCGAGCGCGGCCACGCAGCUGACGCGUCCGCGCACCGCGCCGCCUGUGCCGGCGCCCGCGCAACCUGUCUACAACGUAAACACAAGCGCUAGCGUGAACACAGUGAGCUUCGGGUGGCGCAAGGGCGCCGGCGAAGAGCUCAGCAUGUUCAGCGACGCGCAACCACGCAUCGUGCUGCCCGGCGACACGCUGCCCUUCAUCGGCGUACUGCGCGACACGCAUCCUACUGCCAGGAGGCCGCCGCUGGGGCAGAGCCGCGCGGGCCGCACUCGCGCGUGCUGGCCGCUCGCGGGCGUCACCAAGCGAAACGUGUCGCCGCUCAAAGAGAGACGCCCUGCAGGCACCAGCGGGUUGUGUCUGCGAGUGAGCGGCGCGGGUCGCAUGCCGAUCGCAUCGUGUUCGGUACAGCCGCAAGACGAGGGCUACCACCGGUCUAUACGAGUGCAACAACGUUCACGGCCGACACUGUCCAUAGAGAAAAAUCGUAACCGCGAGAAAAGCCCCAAAUCCUUACUAAGAGAGGCCAAAGAGAGACUCAGGAAUAAAGAGAGCAGUUACCGCGGCAGUCCGCCAGCGGUUCGUGACAAGAGUCCCAACGCGGUGCUGCGCGAGGCCAAGAUGCGUCUUCGCAAGCUCGAGAUCGAGGCCGAAGCCGUCGAGAAGUCAUACCUCGACUUCCGACGGAAGCAGUCUCAGCAGCGCCUUGAGAGGAGUAGGAUGCAGCAUGAAACUGCUGCUACAGAGAGAAACAGGAACAUUGAUGUGAAACGAAGCCGAUCAGAGGAGCAUUUGGAUGAAAACACCAAAAACGAAAUAGUCGCACAGUUUACCGACUUGAAGAACUCUGUGCGCAACGACUUCGACAAUUACAUCCGUGAGUACAAGAACAGGUUUGACAUCGGGGAGACGCACUUUAGGAUUAAACCUUCAGUUGUGGAGAAAGUGAAGCCGAUCCCCAAAGCGUACUGCGGCAUCAGUGAGUACAGCCACAAGGACGAGCGCGGCAAGUACCUCGACACGCCGCUCGCGGAGUUCCGCAAGAUGUACGCGAGCCAGCCGCGUCCGCACAGCGCCUCCUCCGACCGCUCGCCCGUCCGCGACCACUCCGGACACUCCGGACACUCCGGCGACCAGAUCAAGCAACUGUCCGCGCGCACCGAGGCGCUCAAAAAAGCCAAGAACAACAAACAAGCUGAACUAGAACUGUUAAAACAAAAUAUCACCAAAAUGUACAACUUGUCCCCCGACGACGACUCCGCCUUAGACUUGAGGAGCGACAAGGACACCAGUCAAGCAAUGAUGAAAGGCUCGGAGGAGAACCUACUGAGAGUGGAGGUAGAAAGUAUCAGUGAGAUCGACAACAUCAAGUCGCAGACGCAGGAACUGUUGCUCGUGGUGCAGAGUUCAGUGAACCCGCGCGAGAUGACGCUGACGGGGCGGGAGGCACCAGGGGAGGUGCAGUCUGCGGUGAUGACCAUCAUCGUCAGCCCCAAGUGCAGCGAGUCGCAAAGUCCAGUGCCCACCCCCGAGCACAGCCCCGCACGAGGCCCCGGCCGCAGCUCGAGCCGCAGCCCCGCGCGAGGCGCCGCGGGCGGCACGUGCGCGGCGGGCGGGGAGGGCGGCUCGCCGGAGCAGGCGGCGCAGCUCACACGUAACGAUGUCCUCGACGCCAUCUUCCACGCCGACCCCACCGACCACAUCUCCAGCGUACAAAUGCAACUCGAACUCUCUAAAGACAUUCUAGACGACUCCGCGAGCGGCGAGUACGAUAAGGGCGAGUAUCCGGACGACUUUUCGGCCGACGUAGACAAUUACAACAGCCGCUCGGAUUACGAUCAGAACUCGCCCAUAUCUCUGCCCAAAACGUCCGAGGAUGACAACGAUAACUUUUGGGACACGUAGAAGCACCACGGUGCGGGUCAGCGGUUUGAAAAACAAAGCUAUUCAGAUAUGUAUACCACUUACCCGGUACUUAAGUCUCUAGUUUGUAUGAAGAUAUACAUCGGCACUGUACCCCCAAUGUUCUAUACCCGAGCUUAACAAUUCUCGUUUCCUGUGACGAAAUAUAAUCAAAGCUCUCUGGUAGAAAACAGUGCGUGUAGCAAUACUGGAUGUACAAAUAACACUUUUGCAUCGUCUUAGCACAAUUUAAAGAGUCGUGUCGACUCGUCAAGCCUCGAAUGAAACAAGUGUCAAAAUUAAUUUGUUGUAAAUUUAAAAAUAAAAACAACAGUAAAAAGAA